UUCAACCAGCCAUGUUUUGCCAGGUCUGUUGUGUAUGGAUGGGAAAAGACUUCAAAUUUUGUCCGAAGUUAAAACUUCCAGUAUAUAAAAAGCAGAAGUGUAUUUACCGUCUUGUGUAAAAAGCGUUUUUUAGCAUAGCCUGGGUUACCUGUGGUGUAAAAGAACAAAAACACCAAACACGUGACCAAAAUACAAGGACACUGAGAAAAUAGUGACAAAGCGCUCAAAAAGUCGAAUUUACAGCAAGAACAUCGUUCUUUCUAGCAUGAAAACGAGCUCAAUUCUUUGUUGGAGGAUUCCUUAUGUACCUAUGAGGUAUUGAACUACGAAAUAGAAAGGGGAAAGACACAAAAAAGGCGAAAACAUUGAGUCAAAAAGWCAUGAAAAUGUUGACCUCAAAAUUGUUAGACAAGCCUUUUAGAUUAUUAAAAUUUGCAAAUGUACAGUAUUUUAUACGAGGAAUUCGUCUGAGUUCGAGUGCCAUAUCAAUGAAAGAAAAAUCAAAAACAGAUCAAGCAGAAAAUAUGGAUGUUCCUUUGCCGUUUUCUGKUUCUCGUCGUGGUUGUUUUUUUCAAGAUCCUCCUGAGCUGGACAAUCAGUUUACAAGGGACCCUCACCUAAGAUCAUGUGUCAAGAGAAUUCUACCAAGACAGGUGCUAGAAGAGAUCUUACCAGAUCUGGAACAGUUUGGCAAAAGAGUUAGUACUGAUAUACAAUCUAUGGGCAUGGAUUGUGAGUCAAGACCUCCAACACUUGAACACUUUGAUGGCUGGGGCCAUCGUAUUGACAGGAUUAAUACAUGCGAAGGAUGGAAGCAGCUGCAUGAUGUAUCAGCUGAAGAGGGUCUUGUAGCAAUUGGAUAUGAGAGGAAAUAUGAACAGUGGAGUCGUAUCUACCAAACUAUCAAGCUCUAUCUUUUCUCUUCAUCAUCUGGGCUGUAUUCAUGUCCCCUGGCAAUGACAGAUGGUGCAGCCAAGACCCUAGAGAUAUGCAAUCCAAGUGGAGAGAUGUUCAAACAAGCUUUCAACAGACUUACGAGUAGGAAUCCCAGUCAGUUUUGGACCUCAGGACAAUGGAUGACUGAAAGACAAGGGGGAUCUGAUGUUGCAAAUGGAACGGAGACAAUAGCCAUCCCACAGUCAGAUGGCACUUACACCCUACAUGGCUAUAAAUGGUUUAGUUCUGCAACUGAUGCUGAUAUAACACUGACAUUAGCAAGAAUACAACAACCUGAUGGAUCUACAAUACCUGGUUCUAAAGGUCUAACAAUGUUUUAUCUUGAAACAAGAGAUUCUGAUGGACAUCUCAACAACAUUGAAGUACAGAGAUUAAAAAACAAACUUGGAACAAGACAGCUGCCUACUGCUGAGCUUCUCUUGGAUGGCACAGUAGCUCACAAGAUUGCAGCUGAAGGGCAAGGAGUUUCUGUCAUUGCUUCUAAUAUGUUGACAGUCAGUCGUAUUCAUACUAGUAUCAUGGCUGUCAGUGCUAUGAGAAGGAUUCUUAGCCUUGCACAAGACUACUGCCUCAAACGUUCUGUGUUUGGUAAACUACUUGUUCAACAUGAACUACAUAUGCAGACACUGGCAAGACUUGAGGUGGAGGUGAGAGGUGCAGUUCUGCUUGUCAUGGAGGUGAGCCGUCUUCUUGGUUUGGAAGAUUGUAAAAUGGCAAAUGAAAAAGAACUACAUUUGCUUCGACUUUUGACUCCCAUCACCAAGUUAUACACUGCAAAACAGGCAAUGAUGGUGACAUCAGAAGGUCUUGAGAGUUUUGGCGGUCAGGGGUACAUAGAAGACACAGGACUACCUGGUAUAAUGAGAGAUGCUCAGGUUCUGCCUAUCUGGGAAGGGACGACUAAUGUUCUCUCACUGGAUGUCCUCCGAUCUAUCAACAAGACCCAAGGACAGGUCCUGAAGGCACUCCAUUCAUCAGUGCAUUCAAAGCUGUCUCUAGCAAAAGACAAGCCUGCUUUACAAUUGGCACAUGAUGCCAUUCACUCAGCUAUUGAUAGUUUAAUGUCACCUAAAUAUGUUGAAACCCUAACAAGACCAGUAAUAGCUCGUGACUUGGCUUAUUCCUUGGCCAGAAUAUACAUAGGUGCAUUACUUAUCGAGCAUGCAUGUUGGGAAGAAGCAAAUGAAACCGACAUAGAAGCUGCAAAAAGAUGGUGUUUACAAGAUAUGACACCAGUUAUAACCAACCUCAACCAGAACCUAUAUGACAAUACAAGUACCUCUCUAGAUAUUGCCUUAGUCAUGGAUAGACAGGCACCUACUACACCUUAGCAAAGUAGUGGGCAAAUGUUCAAAACCCCUGCGCACAAUAACAUAAUUGUAUCAUCAAUGAUCAAAUCCCUUUAGGCAACUCAGUCUUCAUGUUGUCACUUUCAAGAAGCAAAAUUCGUUAAAAAAAGGAAAAAUAAAGGAAUCUUCCGAAAAGCAAGAUCAAGGUCUGUAAGGAAAUUAAGCUGGUGCAUCCUUCAUAAAUAAUACUCUUUUCAAAAAAAUGUAAAAGUGGAAAUAUUUAAUCAAAUCCAACAUCGAGACAUAGCCUAUGC